AUUCCGAAAAUGACCCAUUUUCCGAAUUUUGUUUUGAUAAUAGAAAACGGAAAACGGUAAAACGACCAGUUAUCUGAUUUUCUUUGAUGUGCUUAAACAUGGACAUCGGGAAUUAAAAUACUGCGUGGAAAUCUUCUUUCUCAAUUUUGCGAAGAUUUUUGUGUUGUGACCCGGAAGCUAUCAGUAGUUGGCGGUGUAUUUAAUUUGGAGCCAAGCUAUCAGUAGUUGGCGGUGUAUUUAAUUUGGAGCCAGACAUCCUUGAGACGCACCUCAAAAUGGCAUUGCACGAAUAUGCAGGUUUUAUUUCAGAACACCGAAAUAAUGGAAUGUCCUGUGGGGAUAUCACCACUGCGUUAUGCACCCAGUUUGGAACUACACGGGGGUUUUCCGAGAGGAAUGUGCGGAGGUGGUGUGCAGAGCAGGGGCUUGUCAGGAACUUCUGCCCUGAUAGUCAACUUGAAGUUGAAGUCGCUGAAGGUAUUCUCGAGACUGGAUCGUCUUUUGGUCGAAAAAUGAUGACUGGAUAUCUAUCCGCAAAAGGGGUUAAAGCUUCUGAAGGCAGAGUGGGCAAUGUGUUGAGAAGUAUUCAUCAACCCUACCACAUUGCAAGACAGCAGGGUGCCCGGAAUCUGAACCCCAUACCCUACAAUGCAGAAUACAUGGGUCACAAGCUGCAUGUAGAUCAGAAUGAGUUUGGAGUGACUCAUGUUAUGGCUAUCGAUGGUUUCAGCAAGAAGGUGGUCGGUCACUCCACCAUGCCAAUAAAGAACAACAUCGUGAUUUAUGAGGAAGUGUACCGGCCUGCUGUUCUUUCCUAUGGACUAUGGGACCAGGUCAGAGUUGACUGUGGGAAAGAAUUCUACCUGGCUUUAUUCAUCCAGGAAAAACUGGCAGAACAUCGACACAAUACUCAAAGGCAGCCCUACCUUCAGACACCUUCUACAAGGAACCAUGUGAUAGAGAGAAUGUGGUCGGAGGUGAAUGCUCGAGUCAACUACCCUUUGAAGACAGCUCUGGUACAGCUGGUGGACCAGGAGGAACUGGACAUGGAGGACAACACAUCCAGGUAUUGUGUGUCAAACCUGACAUGCCAGCUGGCUAGGAUUGGCAUCACAAAUGUCGUACAGGCAUGGAAUGCACACAGGAUCCCAGGAAGGGGAAUACCAAACGAACUGGCUAAAGAAGGGUGUCCUGCAAAACUUUCUGAGGACCUUCUGCCAGUCGGUGCAGUUGCAGCUGACCUGUAUCAGCAGGAAAUGGGAUCAGCCUUGAAAAGAGAAUCCAUUUUUGGAAGUGAUCCUUUCCCCUCUGAAGAAGCCCAACAAUGGACUGAAACUGAGUUUGGUUCUCUCUUUGAUUUGCUAUCCCUCUACCAAAAUGUGGUUAACCAUAACUAUGGCCCUUUUAAAAAUGCAGUGAGGUCUCUGAUUGAUAUCACCUCAAGACAUGUGCGACCUGUUACACAGUGACCUGCAAUGGUCAAUGAAGAAGCAGUAUACCAAAAUAACAUUUUAUUACAACAAUGAUAAAGUGGAAGUUGUCUUUUUUUUCUUCUUUUUUUUUUUUUUUAAACGGCCACACAAUAUAAACAUUACAACAAACAACAUCUUUCUGGUCAUGUACCCAUAAUAACAUCCAACAAACAAACUGAGGUAGUUCCAGUAAUGUAAACAUAACAAACAAUAACAAACAAUUAUCUGUCAAAUCAAAUCUAUUCAAUUAUUCUCUCCUUGAAAAGUGACAAGGCAGCAGAGAGACCCUUCACUUCAUGUAUUUUAUUUUCAAAGUCUCCUGCCCUGCAUUUCAAGCAGUGGUCUGAUGUGACUAACCACAGCUCCACACAGGUACGACAUCCAAUUAUCGAUUCACAGCAUGUGGCGAACAUGGGAUCUGCCAUUACAGCUGCAAGGUUAAAAAAAUAUAGAUUAUAAAUUGAUGCAGAAAAUAACAUUUAAUUGUUAGUUGCAAUAUAGAAGGAAAUUAACUGUAAGCAAUCAGAAGUGUGUUUUAUCGCCGAGUGAAUGUUGAAGAUGGCGAUGAACACCCGUGACAGCUGGUCAGCGCAGUGCUUGAGGGUGGCAGGCGGCUAUGUUUUGUACUGUAGAAUGACCUACUGUUACAUAUCUUACACGUACCUUUACACACAAGACAUGCAAAGGCUUCCUUUAAGGGCUGCAAACCGACAUUUGCCAUGAUCUACUCCUUUUGAGACUUGGCCAGCUGAGACAGCUGGUUGAUUGAAUUAGUGACCUCUUGGAGACUCCCGGCGGCUUGCUUCUGCUGGUCAACACGUCCAAGGACCUCCUGCAGGCUUGAAUCUCCAUCCCUUCGACUUAAAUGUAUGAACAGAAAAGAAAGGAUUAAAGAUUUUUUUCAAAUGGUGCAUAUGAACAAAUGUUUGAAUAUCUUUCUGAAUAUUUUAUGAAUCUUUAUUUUACUCUGUAAAAGCGUCAACCUA